AUGUCAUCGCUUGCCACAGGCUUGUUGCCAGGAACCGUGGUCACGAAUGGUUUUACUAGGAGAAUUCAAGGUUCACAAUUUCAGAGAACUCAAGUUAACUGCAUCUCGUUUAAAGGGGAAUUUUCUACUAAUAAAGCAACAGUGAGGAGUGUAAGAUGCAAAGCUGCUCAAACCCAGAGUGUUCAGCGCAAAUCUUCAACUGCGACUGCCAAGAGAUCUGAUCCCAAAGGUAAAACUCAAGCACCUAAACUGGACGAUGGAAGCGGUGGGUUCCCUCCGUUCCGUUUCGGCAAAGGAGGCGGCGGGGGUGGAGGGGGUGGUGGCGGCGGCAACUACUUUGGUGGGUUCCUUCUCUUCACCAUCGUGCUGCUCCUGGAUUACCUGAAGGAGUUUGAGAAGUACCUGCUUGCUCGAAAGCAUCGUGCCAGAUAUGAUGAAGACGACGCGAGCAGUGGGCUGCUAGAGCCAUCAUCAUGAGUCUUAUUCACACUAGCAGUCUCUAGCGUUUGAUCUGCAAGAUCUUUUCAUGUCUGUCCUUAGAACCGCAUCAUAUAACAGCCCUAUAUUUUUAAGCUA